GCGCAGGCACAGAGAUCCGAGCCACGACGAGCACUGGAGUGCGCCCGAAGCACUCCCGAUGUGAUCCAUGGCUAAAGAAUCAAACCGACGCGUGGUUGGGACCGCGACGCCAUUGGCUCCGCUUCUGCAGUGUCGUCGAUCGCCGUCGUCGCCGUGCAAACCAAUGGAGGGGUUCUGCUUCGCGCGGUGCCGCUUCACGCGGCUGGUGGUGGCGAUGCAGCUGGUGAUGGGUGUGCUCGUCAUCUGCAUCAGCAUGGCCAGCCUCCAUCGCUUCUACGCCACCGACGCCCUCCUCCCCGGCGGGCCCGGCCUCGACGACCCCGCCCGCUGCGCCAGGUUCCACGCCGCCGCGGGCGGCGACGGGUACGCGGGCUUCGACAUCCGGGCGCUGGCGGACCGCGUGGACGAGGUGCUCGUCCAGCUCGCCGAGCUGCAGGACAAGCUGGAAGCCACGGCGCUCAACAUUGGGAAGAAGAGCAAGAAGAGGAAGGGCAAGGCGGCGCAGCUGCAGCAGGAGAACAUGACCAUGCCGGAGUUCCGGCGGUUCCUGGAGGACGAGGUGAUCCACCCGCUGUACGGCGCGCACAUCGCGCUCCGGCUGAUCCGCAUCCCCCGGCCGGACCCCGACGGCGGCGAGGGCGGCGACGCCCCGGCCGUCGACCCGCUCGUCAACUUCUUCGGCGCCGAGGAGACACGCAAGUACGUGACGGCGAAGCGCAACCGCGAGGGGCGGCCGGGCGCGUACGGCGCGAACCGGACGUACGGGACGAUCGGGCACGCGUGCGUGCUGAUGCGGCGGGAGCUGGACGAGUACAUGAGCUACGACGUGGGCGCCCUCUGCCCGGACGACUGGGACCUCGGGCAGCGCCUGAUGCUCGGCGGCUGCGACCCGCUCCCCCGGCGGCGUUGCCUGGCCCGCGCCUCCAAGCUGUUCCGGCGACCGCUCCCCACCAACGAGUCGCUGUGGGCGAUCCCCGACGACGGCAACGUCCGGUGGAGUCGGUACCACUGCCGCAGCUACCGGUGCCUGUCCGCGCGCAACCCGCGGCGCGGGUACGACCGGUGCGUGGGGUGCUUCGACAUGGACCGGGAGAGGCGGCGGUGGGUGAGCGGCGGCAACGGCAACGGCAGCGCCACCACCCUGGCCGACUUCCGGAUCGACGAGGUGCUGGCGGUGAAGCCCGGGGAGGUGCGGGUGGGGCUGGACGUGACGGUGGGCACGGGCAGCUUCGCGGCGCGGAUGCGGGAGAGCGGGGUGACGGUGGUGACGACGGCGGUGAACCUGGGGGCGCCGUUCGCGGAGACGGUGGCGCUGCGCGGGCUGGUGGCGCUGUACGCGACGCUGGGGCAGAGGCUGCCGCUGUUCGACAACAGCAUGGACAUGGUGCACACGGCGGGGGUGUUCGACGGGUGGGUGGACCUGCAGCUGCUGGACUUCGUGCUCUUCGACUGGGACCGCGUCCUCCGCCCCGGCGGCCUCCUCUGGGUGGACAAGUUCGCCUGCGCCCGCAAGGACCUCGACGACUACAUGUACAUGUUCCUCCAGUUCCGCUACAAGAAGCACCGCUGGGUCGUCUCCUUCAAGUCCAGGGACGAGGUCUACCUCUCCGCCCUGCUCGAGAAGCCUCCGCGCUCCUGAUCGCUUCGCUGCAAUGUCACUCACUGUAUUUACCGACCUUAUUAGUUGCUCUCAUUCAUCUCACACGUUGGUGAAUAAAUGCACUUCAACUUAAGUUUGGUUCUGUUCUCACGGUGAAUUUGAUUAGGAACAUGUCUGCUUAACCCUCUCCACCUGAUCAACUCGGUGUUUUCGUUUCCGUUUAUG